GUACGAGAACAGCAUUUUUGUUACGGCGUCAUUACAGUGUCGUCUGCUGGUUGUAAAACAUCCUCUCAAUCUUUUGUCGGAUAUCUGAAUUGAAAGUUAGUUGCCGAGGUCGAGAAAGUCGCAGCCAGUCACGAUGUCGAAAACGAGUGAUCCCGUCUAUAUCUUCCUGGCCUUCUUCGUCCUGUUAGAUUUCAUCGGCGUCGUCGUCGUCAAUACGCUCGCGUCCUUACCUAGUGACCCUACAGGUUGGUUCCGGAAUUCGACGGGGGACAUCUCGGACAAGUACUAUGUCUCUAUCACCCCAGCUGGCUGGGCCUUUAGCAUCUGGGGUCUCAUCUACAUCUGGCAAGCAAUCUGGAUCAUCUACGUCAUCAUCAACAUCUUCAGGACCAACAAGUUUGGCAAGGUGUACCUGAACCCCUCCAUCGUCCUCCCUGCCUUCCUGGCUACCUACGCCAUCAACCUCGUACUCAACAUCGCUUGGUUAUUCACCUGGGACAGACAGUACCUCCCAGUCUCUUUCGCUGUCCUCGCCCUGAUUGCAUUCACCCUCUAUGUAUGUGUCACCAUCAACCUCUGGGCAGUUAAUAAGCAUAUAGAACAGCUGUGCGAACAUCACAGGGUUGAUUUAUGGCUGAACAGCCUUUUCAUCACAAAUGGUAUCCUCGUCUACGCGACCUGGACCACCAUCGCCACUCUCCUCAACUUCAGCUCGGUCUUAACCUACUUCGCCGACGUCGAAGAAAGGACCGCCUCCCUCAUCUGUCUCUCCAUUCUCACUGCCGAGCUCGUCCUCUACUUCGUCGUCGAUAUGUACCUCCUCGAGCGCCACCUACGCUCGGCCUUCAUGGUAUACCCCGUCGUGAUCUGGGCCUCGACGGCCGUACUCGUCAACAACUGGGACCCGGACAGUAGCACGUCUAUCUUCACCGCGGUGAUCGUCGCCCUGGCGUGUGCUGCUUUCGUAGGCAAGCAGAUCAAAGGUGUCUGGUACUGUUGUUGUCGCAAGGAUCAAACCACCGUAGCUAACAGUGACAAAAUGGCGCUGCAAGAUGUUGCCUGAGUGAUCGACCGUCAUUUCGGGAUUUCGAAGCAAUUGGCUGAUUCACUUGCUUUUGAACGUAGACUGUGACUAAUUUUUGAACAAGCUCAUUGUGAGAUAUGCUUUCAUUUCAUAUUUUGUUGGUCAUUACUCAUGAAUGUAAAUGUCUAUAAAAAAACUAUAAUUUGAAGUUGCCAAUUUCACCUCAUAUUUAUCAGCAAUAGGCCAAAGCAAUAAUGACCGAUCAAGCUUGAACAUGCAAUGUACUGUGAGAAUUAUAGGCAGUGCUUUCAUUAGAAUUUGUUUUCAGAAUAGACCAAAUUAUAUUUUUCAGGAAUAUGGAUGUAUACAUUAAAUGAAAAAAAUCCCGAGCCGCAGGGGCAUCGCUAUUGAGCCCCCCUCCCCCCUCAAAUUAUUUUGUUGGAAAUCUUGACGGCCAGCUAGGUCGGGAUAUUGUAAAACUAUGUUUACAUAUGCUUAUAUUUUUGUUGUUGAUCUUCGUUAUUGAUAUAUGAUUUAUUUGUAAAGAUUUUUGUUUACUAGUAAUGUUAGAAAAAUCUAGACUCAUGAGUGUGUCAGCAAAUUUGGUCCUACUUCCCCAAAAGGGUGCCCCCCUCCCCCCAUUCGAAAUGGUCGUGAGAACCCCGCCCCAUGCAUGCAUCACUUGAAAUUUAGACGGCAAAUAUCGCAUUCGCUGUGAAUUAAUUUUCAAGGCAAUAAGUUCACCUUGUAUAUACUUCGGUCUUGUAUCAGCAACUCAAAUCAUUGUAAGUAGUUUGUAAGUAGUUAUUAUAGCAUGUUUAUCAUCAGAUUAUACCUAUCUUUGAAGAAAAGAAAAGAAAAGAAUAGAGAAUCUAUAUCACUUCUACGUAUUAGGUGUUUUGUUUAUGUAUUUUACUAGUAAAACUCAAUUCAACCUUA